AUGGCUACCUAUGCGAGCAAUGACACUUUCCACCCAAAAACCGCUGACUUUCUCAAAUGGCUGCGAGAGCGCCCAGGCACGACAAUUAGCCGCAAGCUGGAGAUAAUCGAUCUGAGGGACCACAAUGCUGGCAGAGGAAUAGGUAAUAGACUCAGCCCAGAAUCUCUGGUCUCCAUACUUGCUGAAAGUCCAGUAGUUGCUGUGGAAGACGUAGAAGAAGAUGAGGAGCUCUUCAGAAUCGCCCAGUCUGAUGUUCUUACCGUCCAAAACUCGAGCCUUCAGAAAGUCAAGCCACACCUACUCGAGCGUCUCGAUCCAUGGAAUUCACUAGUCCUCGUUAUGAUAUAUGAAGAUGGCUUGGGUAAAGAAUCAAAGUGGUGGAACUACCUUCAAUUGUUGCCCACAAAUUUCGACACCUUGAUAUACUGGUCUUUAUCCGAGUUAGCGGAGCUGGAGGGCAGUGCUGUGCUGAAUAAGAUAAAAAAGAUGACGCUGACGAGUCUUUCCAAAAGUUUCUAUUGCCAGUCGUGCAACAGCAGCCUGAGGUUUUUGGUCGGCAUGCCCAUGACUUUGUUGGUUCCAACGCAUCCACCGUUCUACUCAACCUUGCUCACAGAAUGGCCACCUUGA